CCAAGUGACUUUAGGAAAGUAACUGGUCUGUUUUAAUGAACCAGUAGGAGGAACAAAAGCUUGACCCUCCUCUGUCUGCAGCUGUCAGUGUUUUUGAGAAGUGGCGUGUUGUUGUGAGAGUUCACCUCAGUGCGCAUCAUUUACGACACAUCUUCACUAGCUAACAGACCUAUUUUUUUGUCAUGGCAAAGAAGUGUUCUCUUCUAUUCUUCUACUUUCUCCAAGGACUUCUACCUGUCACCCUUGGCCAGCAGCGCGCAGCGGUCCCCUGGCGGCACCGCAUCCAGUGGGCGAACAACGGCCAGGUCUACAGCCUGAUGAGCACUGGCUCAGAGUUCCAGGCCCCGGUUCGGUCCCGAAGCCAGUCGAGGUUUUUUGUCAGCAGCAGCAGCAGGAGGGAUGGCACGGGCAGCGGUGUGCCGGGGGCGCACAGCAGAGCCGGGCAGUCAGAGAGCAGAACCUUCAGGACUGAUCAGUCCGGGCAGCAGGUUCCGCGGGUACCCGGUGGUCGCGCAUCAACGGUUGGGUCAGGAGGGCGCGUUAAUUCCUCUUCAGUGGGGACUUUAUUGGGCCGGAGAGAAGCUGCGCAUCGUGUUGAGGAACCAGGACUUGGUGCGCAAAAUCAUCCAUUACGCACAGCGCCGGCGGGGAUGCUCGUCUCCAGGCAACCCGUCCAAACGGAUCAGUUCAUCCCAACUUAUCAGGCAACUCUGGAAGCCGAACCUGAGAAUCCGUCUCCCUUUCCUGCUCCGAGUGUGGAUGUUUCAAACGAAGCUGCAGCUGAUGAAGCGGGCAUGGUCAGCGACGACCCCCGAAACCCGUUUAAAACCCACAGGAAUUCUGUUUUCCACAAUAUGUAUUCCAGCAGAGGCAGGCCAGUCCGACCGCCUGGCCCCGGGUAUGGAACAAGGUAUUUCCUUAAUGGACUUCCAGACCUUAUUCCAGAUCCAUAUGCCAUCCAGGCAGGUGCUUAUGUCCAGCGCAUGCAGAUGUACGCUCUCCAAUGUGCUGCAGAGGAAAACUGUCUGGCCAGGUCGGCGUACGCACCCACCGUGCGAGACAUCGACUUCAGAGUCCUUCUGCGGUUCCCACAGAAAGUGAAGAACCAAGGAACUGCAGAUUUCCUCCCCGUCAAGCCCAGAUAUCAGUGGGACUGGCACAGCUGCCACCAGCACUACCACAGCAUGGACGCCUUCAGUAACUACGACCUGCUGGACAUGGUAACAGGACUUAAAGUAGCCGAGGGACAUAAGGCCAGUUUCUGUCUGGAGGAUACGGGCUGUGAUCACGGAUUCAGGAGGCGUUAUGCCUGCACAUCCCAUACUCAGGGACUGAGUCCAGGAUGUCAUGACACUUAUGCUGCCAACAUCGACUGUCAGUGGGUCGACAUCACCGACGUGCCUCCAGGAAAUUACAUCUUGCAGGUUACAGUCAAUCCCAAUUUCCUGGUCCUGGAGUCGGACUUCACCAACAACAUUGCUCAAUGUGAAAUCACGUACACAGGACUUUAUGUUCAGACACGCAACUGUCGAAUAACAAGACCUUAAAUAUCUUCAUUAUUUGUAUUAUUUGCUGGCGAUGAAGUAAAACAUCUCCUUGUGGACCAGACACCAACAUACUCAAAAACGGUAAAAUUUGUGUCACAGGUUUGAACUUAUCGAGUCUUAAGUUACAUUUAUUGGUUUAAAAUGUAAAAUUUUGUAAAUGAAACCAAAGGAAUGACAUGAAAAGUGUUUUAAUGUGCCAAAAUUCAUUAUGAUGAUUGGCCAACAAAUACAUUUGUUGGAUUUGUCUUUCUUAAGUGUGUGUGUUUUUCUUGAUUUUUGCUUUAAAUGUUUGGUUUGUUGCUUCUGUUUGGGUUUUCUUCUGCUUCACAUCAGUGUUACAUGAAAACAAGUUCUUACAUUUAAUGCAAAAUAUGGACGCUGUACAUUUUUAUUGUUGUCAAUAAAUAUUUUCAAAAGCUGCA